AAUGUAAGGCUACGCGGCUACGCCGUCGUUGCAAACACGUUCGGACAUCGAAAAUCUCUCUAACAACUUUUUCAAGUGAUUUUCGGAGUUUUAAAAGUUUUCUUUUUUAAUAGAGCUAAUGGUGUGAAAGUGUUGUUAAUUGUGCUAAUUUAUUUCUGUUAUUAUGAACGACAUUUUUAAAUAUAUAAUGUGAACCGAUUGGAUGAUUUUGUAUAUGCAAUGCUGUAGAUGUUUAAUUCUUCAACAUGAACGUUCUUCUAGUUUUUGGCCUUUUUAUAGUGAUAGCGACGGCACAUAACAUAACGUUUCUAGAAGUGCCACAGUACGGUGACCCUCGAUGGAGCGCCGACCUCGUGUGUCAUUACGUCAAUGAGGAAGGGGACCCGCCGCUACAUUCCGUCAAAUGGUAUCGAGAUAAUAAUGAAAUAUUUCGAUUCACGCCUGAGCAACAACCAUACACGAGAACUUUCAACACGACAGCGGGUGGCGUGGCACGGGACUCCUGUAAUAUGCACAGCUGUAUGAUAAGCGUGGUGCUGCCCAAGAGGUACAACACGAGGAUAUCAUUCACAUGUGAAGUGUCUACUGAGGGGCCCAGAUUCGCGGUUGUCAACCAAACUAAAUAUCUUACUGUGGCAGUGACAUUAAAAGAAGACCCCGUGAUAACGGGUGUGGAGGGCAGCGUGCAGUUUGGGGAGGAUGUUUUGCUCAACUGCUCCACCUCACCCGCCAUGCCGCCCGCAAACAUCGUCUGGUAUGUUGACGGGAAACCUGAAAAGACGGAACCAUGGAUGGUGGAUAACACAGAAGUAUCAUCCGCCGACGAGUACGGGCUGCGUUCGAGUUGGCGACCGAUGCGACUCCGAGUAAACACUCCCAAGGGAGAUGUUUCGUUACGAUGCGAGGCGACGCAGCCCGUGCGCCCGCCGUAUGUCAGAUCUAGUAACACAACGCUCGUGGUCGCCAGAUCACCACAUCUAUCCAUGUUCACAGCUGCUGGUUCAAGAACAACGAAAGCAGAAGCGACAUUUCUUAUGAUAGCAUUGAGUAUUACAUUUCAUAUAUUAUCCAAAUGCAGUGCCUUGUACAGAGUCUAAUCGACUCAAUCGAAAAUAUACGAGAUAUAUAAUUACCGUAGAACUCCAUAGUGGUUAUACUUUUAUUAAUACAUAUUGUUGUCCCUUUCAUUUCCUUUGAUAACAUAGAGACAACAAUGUGAACGGAUGUAAGUGUAACAGCAGUGUAAUUCUACGGUUACAUGGACAUUAGUAUAGGUAGUAAAUCUUUCUAACCAUUGCAUUUUGCACACCGCCAGCAUAAAUAAAAUUAGUUUAUAAGACUUGCUAGAAACAGACUCGGUAAGUUAUUUUGUACUGUUUUCAUUUGUUGUAAUUUUUAUAUUAAAAAUCAUAUUGUUAUA